AUGAUAAAAAAUGACAAAUCAUGCCAUGAGAUGUUGCCCUACGCUCUACUAGGGUAUCUUACAACUGUUCGAACUUUCACUGGGGCAACUCCUUAUCUACUUGUUUAUGGAAAUGAAGUUGUGGUACCUGCCGAGAUUGAAAUACCUUCCUUAAGGAUUAUUCAAGAAUCCGGAUUAAGUAAUGAAGAAUGGGUUUGCGGUCACUAUGAACAACUCAUGCUGAUUGAUGAGAAGAGAAUGAUUGUUGUAUGUCAUGGACAGUUGUACCAACAUAGGAUGAUCCGUUCCUUCAACAAGAAAGUAAGAGCUCGAACAUUUGAAGUUGGGCAAUUGGUUCUCAAAUGCAUAUUUCCUCACCAAGAAGAGUACAAAGGCAAGUUUGCUUCUAAUUAG